GCGAGGGAGAGAGAGAGAGAAAGAGAAAGGCAAGAUAGUAUCGCGCGCCGUGCCUAGGCGCGGAUCGAAAGCCGCAUUAGAGUGACAGAGGAACAACGUGCACUUUUUGCGAUCGCUAUCUCGAUGAUAUUAGCAAGCUCGAUUGAAAGGAAUCCGACGAAAAUCCGCGAAACAGGCACGAAAUUCAUUCGCGACGAGAAGGAAAGAAAGGCUCGGAAGGAAGAAAGCGUGGCGGGAAAUCAAUGUAACGACACAAGUGUCAUCGCAUGGUCGCAACUCGAACCGAAACGAAUGGACUCAUUCGCAUUAUUUCCCAUACACGGAGAACAUCGUUCCGGUGACAGUCUCUCAUCCAUUUCCUUAGCGACUUGUCCAGAUUCCAUCCACGAAGAAAAUUCCAUCGACUCUUUGUACGCCUGUGCGUGAACCCAUACUCGACGUAAUCCGUCCAAUUUUAUAUAACUUGCCUGGAAUGUGAAAUCUUUGUUAUUGUUUUGUUAUGACAUCGUCGGAGUUGGGGGACGUCGCGAGGUGAUGACGCGCCACGAUUCAAACGCGUCCUAACGAUCGUUCGAAAAUCGAUAGACGAAAAGGAAAAAGCUUUGUUCUCUCUCUUUCUCUCUCUCUCUCUCUCUCUCUCUCUCUCUCUCUCUCUCUGCCGUUUAAAUUGCAAAGGAAAAGGGUUGAACGAGUUGGGAAAAAAUAAAGAAAGAAGAAGCAAACCAGACGCGACGGUCGGUGACCCCGUAAACACGGACCUAAUCCUCCAAAUGAAUAUCACCGGCGUACCACCGAUCGACAAAAUGGCCAACAUCUAUGACAAUUCGUUGGUCCGAUUUUGGCACUUUAUUUUUCACGAUCUCUCGGAUCCCCGAACACGGAAUUGGUUCCUCGUGUCUUCACCGGUGCCAGGCGUCAGUAUCCUUAUCGGUUACCACUACUUCAUCCAUUCCUGGGGUCCUAAGUACAUGGAACAUAGGAAACCGUUCCAAAUGAAGAACAUUCUAGUCAUGUAUAAUCUCAUACAGGUCUUACUCAGCACUUGGAUCUUUAUCGAAGCACUCAACUCUGCCUGGUUAACGAAAUACAGCUUCAAAUGCGAGCCCGUAGAUUUUUCGGAAUCACCGGAUGCCCUCAGAAUCGCACGAACCGUUCACAUUUAUUUUCUCGCUAAACUGACGGAGCUUCUCGACACGGUCUUUUUCGUUUUACGAAAAAAGGAGAAGCAAGUUACGUUCCUCCACGUCUAUCAUCAUACCGUGAUGCCUAUGGUAGCCUGGGGUGCAACGAAAUAUUAUCCUGGAGGUCAUGGUACCUUCAUAGGUCUCAUCAAUAGCUUCGUCCACAUCGUGAUGUACACGUACUAUUUGCUAGCCGCAUUAUUGCCUCAAUAUCAAAAGUAUUUAUGGUGGAAGAAGUACAUAACAACGUUGCAAAUGGGACAAUUCUGCCUGGCAUUCUUGCACAAUUCCCAGUUACUCCUAUACGACUGCGGUUACCCAAGGUGGUCCGUCAUUUUAACUCUUCCAAAUGCAAUAUUCUUCUAUUUCCUUUUCUCGGACUUUUACAAGAUGGCCUAUGAGCCCGAUCGAAAGAAGAGAAGUGCGACGACGGUGAACGGUAAGAUCGAGUCCAACGGUACAGCGAGAAAAAGGAAUUGCAACGAUUUCGAAGAUACGUCGAACGUUUCUUCCAUUAGGAAGAUAAAAGGAAAGGAGAAUUAAUAAUUCGUCGGAUAUUUCUUACGAUAUUUCUUACGUUGUAGGGUAUUACUACGAAAUUUCAUAAGAUAGAAAAAAGGAAAAAAAAAAAAAAAAUAGCAAGAAGAAAAAAGAAAGAAAAAACAACCGAGGGAAAAAGGAAGCUCAUUUCUUCGUGCCAAAUCGAAUUUCUUCGAAUUGAAAUGGAUUCAUUAAGGAUUAUUCAUUUUUACGCGCCCACACGCGGUCGUCAAUCGUUUUCGAAUCGAUACGAACGAUUAAUAAACGAGAGACAAACGUUC